GGCAUCAUGCCCACUCCCAGCAGGCUUUUCCCCGGCAUCAUGUCCCCCACCACCAGGCUUUGCCCCUCUAUCCUGCCCCCCACCACCAGGAUUUCCCCAGGCAUCAUGCCCCCCAACACCAGGCCUUGCCCCUCUAUCAUGCCCCCCACCACCAGGGUUUGCCCAUCUAUCCUGCCCCCCACCACCAGGCUUUGCCCUUCUAUCCUGCCAGCCACCACCAGGCUUUGCCCUUGCAUCCUGCACCCUACCACCAGUCUUUGCCCCGGCAUCAUGCCCACUCCCAGCAGGCUUUUCCCCGGCAUCAUGUCCCCCACCACCAGGCUUUGCCCCUCUAUCAUGCCCCCCACCACUAGGCUUUGCCUCUCUAUCAUGCCCCCCACCACCAUUCUUUGCCCCUCUAUCAUGCCCCCCACCACCAGGCUUUGCCCUUCUAUCCUUCCCCCCACCACCAGGCUUUGCCCCUCUAUCCUGCCCCCCACCACCAGGAUUUUCCCAGGCAUCAUGCCCCCCAACACCAGGCCUUGCCCCUCUAUCAUGCCCCCCACCACCAGGGUUUGCCCAUCUAUCCUGCCCCGCACCACCAGGCUUUGCCCAGGCAUCCUGCCAGCCACCACCCGGCGUUGCCCUUGCAUCCUGCCCCCCACCACCAGGCUUUGCCCCGGCAAAGUGCCCCCCACCACCAGGCUUUGCCCAGGCAUUGCUCCCCCCACCACCAGGCUUUGCCCAGGCAUCCUGCCCCCCACAAUCAGGCUUUAUCCCGGCGUCAUGCCCCCCACCACCAGGCUUUCCCCCAGCAUCUUGCCCCCCACCACUCACUAUCGCAGAUCAUAUCUGCACUCUAAUUCAGAGCAUCACUGCCAGAUCCAACAACAUCGUCAACAACGAGCUGGAGAAGUGUAUCAACUCUUAUAGUAAGAGCAUCUGGGCUGACACUUUCUACUGCGAGUACAUGAAGAUGUACCCAUCACCCCAGGGGAUUGAAGCCUUCUCAUUUGAUGAGGAGAGAUUUUUAGUGGUGGCCGACAUAAUCGGCAGAAUAUUGCUGAACAACCUCCAGUUAGAGAUGCUCCUCUCAGUGGAAGACUUUAAUGUGGAUGAAGUAGGGAGCAGUGGGUCUGUGGACAUGAUCCGGGCAAUCCCAGAGACCCCUAACCCUGAUAAAGUGGUAGACAUCACAACACCCCUGACCAACCUUGAGGUUUUGGAUGAAACACUUGUCCUUCAGUCAGG